GACGACUAGUAAGUAGCAGUCUAAGCCGCGUCGUCAACAGGAAGGGUGGAGCAGUAGCCGGAGAGCGGGAACAAGGGAGACUACCCUUCCUUAGCAGUCAAGGCGAAGAGGGAGGGGCAGGCGCAAGAGCAGAGGAGGGCCGCCGCUAAGGAUUGGCUGAACACAAGCGGGAUUCUUGAAUCGAGGUGAAGGCGCGGGAGAAACUCGCCGCAGUUCCUUGUCGCAGCACAAAGACCGUUCGCCAUGCAACCCCCAGUCGAGCGCCUCUGCCUCAGCCCCACCAGUUCGUUGGACCACAGCUUCCAAAAACGCCUGAAGAAAAUCUCGAUUGAAGGGAAUAUCGCUGCAGGCAAGUCCACAUUUGUCCAGCUACUGGCAAAAUAUAGUGAUGAAUGGGAAGUAAUUCCUGAACCAAUUGCCAAGUGGUGCAACAUCCAGACAUCUGAAAAUGAGUAUGAAGAACUUUCAACAUCUCAAAAGAGUGGCGGAAACUUGCUUCAAAUGCUGUACGGCAAGCCUACAAGAUGGGCUUAUACAUUCCAGACUUAUGCCUGCUUGAGUAGAGUUAAAGCACAAUUAAAACCAAUUUCUGCCAAGCUACACGAAGCAGAACACCCUGUACAGUUUUUUGAGAGAUCAGUCUACAGUGACAGGUAUGUGUUUGCCUCCAACUUGUUUGAAUCAGGAGAGAUCAAUGAAACAGAGUGGGCAAUUUAUCAGGACUGGCAUGCAUGGCUUCUGAGCCAGUUUGACUCCUACCUAGAGCUAGAUGGUAUUAUCUACCUCCAGACCACCCCUGAGAAAUGCAUGGAGAGACUGCAGCAUAGAGGCAGAGAAGAAGAACAAGGAAUUCAACUGGAGUAUCUAGAAAACCUUCACUAUAAACAUGAAACCUGGCUUCAAAAGAGAACAAUAAAGGUGGAAUUUGACAAUCUGAGAGAUGUACCAGUUUUGGUUUUAGAUGUUAAUGAUGAUUUCAAAAAUGAUGAAAUAAAACAAGAGCACUUGUUGGAAAAAGUUACGAGUUUUUUGACAACUUAGCAACUGAAAAGACUGUUCUAGGAGAACAUUUGGAGAAGUACCAUGUUUUUAUCUUAUGUGUAAUAUCUCUCCUUGUAAACUCUGCUUUCUCUAUAUGGACAUAUAAAGGUGAGAGGUUGCUCCCAACAGAAUAGAGAAGCUUUAAUAGCACAUGGAUAUAAAAAGCAGUUAUUCAUGACACUGGGAUUGUUUCAAGAACCAUCUCAACUUGUGGUUUGAGUUACCUGAAGCAAAAUGACAACUCACACCAUCUUACCCAAAUAUAAAUGUGGGUGUAACAAGCUACAUAUACUCAUUUUGUUCCUGGAAGGGUCCACAUAACUUGCUGGGGGCAAGUUGUUACAUUGCUUUUGUUCAGAUAAUUUGCUUUGUGUAUUUCCAAUAUGCUUUAGCUAGGAUAAACAUUUUGUAAAACCA